CUCUUCCUAGAGAUGCUGCCUGGCCUGAGACGUUUCACUGCGUCUUGAUACAUGUGACAUUUUUUUAAAUUAGCAAUACACAGAUGGAUGAACAUUAAGUGCUGUUGGAAGAGCAUAAUUUUUCACAGACGCGCCUCAGUCUGCUGGAAGGCAUGUGGUGAGUUAACUUCCGGGGAUUUUCCUGAGGCCUGAAGUAAUUUAAAUCAUUCAUGCAGAUGGCGAAGCGUUCGCCGCUGAGCGCCGGCUGCUCCGGUUGGAGGUGCGGCUGACAGCGCUGAGCAGCACAGGGUGCUCCGGAUUGUCGCCGCUCCCCAUGCCGUCUGCUCUCAGAGAGACCCCCAGAUCCUCAGUGACUCCUUGUUCAUUGACGGGACGAGAAAGAUGUGCAGGCACCGGUUUCCGUGAAAAGCUGCAGCGAAGGGAAGCUGAGACGCUUUCGGCUAUAAGGAGGAUGAGCUGGGAGGAGCGGUUUAAAAGAACCUUAACCCUACAGCCCAGAGAAAAGCCAGGUAUUGUCAUCACAAAGCAACCUGAGUGUGCGUCUGUCCCAGCCGGUAGUCCUGUCGCUCUUCAUUGUUCUGCCAUUGGACCUACACCACUACAGUACCAGUGGUUUGAAGGCAAGGAGGAGAUCGUUGGGGCAACACAGUCGGUACUUCUGGUUGACUCUGUGAAGACUGGGAUUUAUGUGUGCCGAGUGAAUGAUGAACAGAACCGAUGUGUUUUCAGCAACUGGGCAAAGGUCAAGGUUCAUUUUAUCAAAUCUGCAGGGUUAUCUCGAAACUGGCAGGGCGAGCUAGUGAUUGGCGUGCAGCCUGAGCCCUUGAGAGUAAAACUUGGACAGAGAGCAUCCUUGAUGUGUGUUGCAUUUGGAAUUCCUGCUCCCAAAUACCAGUGGUACAAAAAUGGAAUACAGUUACCUCAUCAAUCCAAAGAGGAGUUGACGAUAGCUGCGGCUGAGAUGAAACAUUGUGGGUCUUACCUGUGUGCAGUCACCAAUAACCGAGGACAGGAAUGCUGGAGUUCUGCAGCUGACAUAAGCGUAGUGGAAAACAUCACUGUUCCAGUACCACUACCGUCCCGAAGAGUGAAGACUUCAUGUGAAGGGAAGGCAGCAGGAAGUUCCACACCAGUCUGUUUGACGCCAGCUACACAUCGAGAUAUCAGACUGUGCGCAACUGACAAAGUGGCGUUGCUGAUUGGGAAUAUGAACUAUGUAAGUCAUCCCAAACUGGUAGCGACCAUGAUGGAUGUUUUUGAACUGUCAAAUCUUCUGCAGCAGUUGGACUUCCGGGUAGUUUCCCUGCUGGACUUGACCAAAGAGGAGAUGCAAAGUGCAGUCAAACAGUUCCUCCAGCUCCUGGACAGCGGUGUAUAUGCUCUCUUUUACUAUGCUGGGCAUGGCUAUGAAUGCGCAGGCCGUAACUACAUGGUGCCGGUCAAUGCUCCAAAUCCGUACAAACCAGAGAACUGCAUCAAUGUCCAGAAAAUCCUGUGCAGGAUGCAAGAGAAGAACACGGCCCUCAAUGUCCUCCUACUGGAUAUGUGCAGGAAAUGGUACAAUCAGGAUUACCUUCCCUCAGGUCUACAGCCACUUGCUCCCACGGGGAAUAUCGUUUAUGGAUAUGCAACGUGUGAAGAUGCAGAAGCCUAUGAGGUACAAGAUGGUGAGCACAGCUCAGGAAUCUUUAUGAAGUAUCUUAAGAGGCAUAUUCUCAAAAAAGAGAAAGUCACUCAGAUUUUGGAGAAUGUCUCUGAGGACAUGGGGAAGGACAAGAUGAUCACUGGCAAGCAGGUGAUGGAGAUUAGGCACACCCUGAAGGAACGCCGUGCACUGACUGAUGAAGUUUGUGCGACAGGACAUACUGCGCAACUCCAUGUCAGGAACGAGCGCUGGCGACGAGCCAAUGAGCUGCCUGAGAAGAGGACUAUUCGCUUUCCCUGUGGUGUGGUAGUGGAGCUAAGCUGUAGUGCUGUUUUCUCCAAUGUGAUGACGAUUUAUGUCAACAUCAAGGCAAGACCUUCCCAGAUAUCGGAGUGUAAGGUUUCCCUUCAGAAACCAAAGGAGUUUGCCGAUAACAUUUCAGACCUCGAUGGAGACUCAUCCCAAAUAGAUUCCCUGUUCUCUUCACUGGAUGGCAACCAGCAAUCGGACACAACAUUGAAGCUGUGUGGCCUGCAUAAACUGAAGCAACCAUUGAUCUUGCGGGUGAUCCUUCAGUAUCAAAGCUGUAAGAAAAAGCCAAAGCUGGAAGAAAUAGUAGAUAUCGACCUGGGGCUCCCCCUGGUGUCACAGCUGGAGCUGUACAGGACAAUGCCAGCCGCACGGGCUGAAGGCGGUACUGCCAGCAGCAGCCAUAUUUCUGCUGUGGCACCCAGUAGCACUGUCACCAAGGAUACGAGCCGUGCCUGUGGGUCAGGAAUUCAGAAGGCAGCAAAUGAGCAAGAGUUUGUGCAUUUAGCACACCAAGCUAGAAGGCCGAAUGAACCAGAGGAAAAUGAUGAGAGCGAAAUAUCAAAGUGGAGUUGGUAACACAAUCUCCUUGGACUAAACUAGUGGAGAAGAUUCUAUGAGUGUAAUAAAUAUUAAAUAUUUGUGAUUAUGCACUCAACUUUAACUAUUAAACUUCUGUCAGAUACUUGCUACACUGCACAUGGGGUUGCUGGCCAACUCCUCGUCAGUUCAUGGGGUCUGCCAUUGGUGCUGGGCGGUUUCAAUGAAAACUUAAUGCUCUGAUUUAUAUGAAGGUUUGAAUCUUAAUUUAGUGGCCAACCAGUUCCAUUUGGUUCUUGGAGCUCAUCAUACUAGCUAGAUAGUUGUUAGUUUAUGUCACUUGUGAGGCUCAGCCUCAGAACACAAGGAUGGUCAGAUGAGGAGGAAUUUCUUUAGACAGAGGGUAGUGAAUCUGUGGAAUUCAUUGCCACAAUCAGCUGUGAAGGCCAAGUCAUUGGGUUUAUUUAAAGCGGAGGUUGCUAGGUUCUUGAUUAGUAAGGGUGUCAGAGGUUACAAGGAGAAGGCAGGAGAAUAGAGUUGAAAGGGAUAAUAAAUCAGCCAUAGAUCUGAUGGGCUGAAUGGCCUAUUUCUGCUCCUUUGUCUUAUGGUCUUCACUGGAGACUAUAGAAAAGACUAUCCAUCAACAGUUCCAUCUGCUCAGUCCCUGAUACCAGUAGAAUCCAAAUAAACCCCGGUAAAAUUUACUACAGAUGAUUACUGGCUCACUUUCUUGAAUACUGUCAGUUGGAUAUACUGAGCAUAUUUUUGCCAUUGCAAUUCUAGAUGCUUGCUCAUUUUAUUAAGUUAAUGGCAUAUAGCCAGGCUGCGAUACUGGGUAUAAGUAACUUGACAUCACCUGAACUAAUCCUGAUCUACUUAAACUGCUUUAGCUUAUUUUACCCUUUCCCAGCACACAUAACAAUGGGUGUGUGGUGGUUGAGACAUGGGGAUACACCAGUUCCCUGUAGGCACAAGGCUUUGUACCAAAGCACUAAAACUGAAAAUAAUCAGCAAGCUGGUCAACAACUGGACAUUGAUGUCACAUAAAUUGCUUAACUGCCUUUGAUAUGUGCUGUGUUCUUUAGUUUCACAUGCCAUCAGGUUCCUCAGUCAAGACAGGAGAGAGUUAAACUGUCCUUGUGUAGUAUUAACAUCAGUUAAUUGGUGAAAGGGGAAAAGCCCAAACUGCAUUGUGUUUGAGGUAGUGCACACAAUGUGAAAGCUAAGUUCCAUCAAUCAUAUUCGGAACACUACUAACAGGAAACAUUGUGAUUGUUACAGUGUAAGGAAAAUGUGUAUUUAUUCUUAUUUCUUGUCCUUUAAUAGCACUUGACACCAUAUUAAUUUUCUGUUUACCUACCAGGUUGUAGAAAUGGAGACAGUAACAUCAGAUGAUUUGAUAUUUUAUGCAAUAUCAGAUUAAAACUGAAUCUAUAAAUGCCAUUUGGCUCCAGGAAUGAUAUACUGAGAGCUGUGAGGAUUUCAUUGGUUACAUGCCAAUACAUUCUUGAGUGUUUAUGGAGCCUCUCUUUACACUUUAAUUAAGUUGUUAUUAUUUUAAACUCAAUGUUAUUUUUGAUGAUGGCUGAAGUUCUCAAACCUCAAUCACUAGAAAAGCUGGAGACUCAUGUUUGCCUACCAUUCUCAUUUUUCUGUUUGUAAUCAGAUCUGUUUAUUUAACGAGCUUGUGAUACAGAAAACAAAAGUGACAAAGCAUUAUUGAAACAUUAAAACUUUUUUGUGUAAUGAAUGGAUGAUGAGGUGGGAAAGACCUUGAGUUCUGUGCAUCAGGGUGAAAUGAUUGAUAGUAAUCUGAAAGCCCAUAUUGCACUCUGCGUUUUCAAUUCAUUGUGAACCAGGUCAUCCACCAUCUGCUUUAUACUACUGCACUAGAUCAUGGUCCACCCCAGUGAUUUGGAACAUAAGGAGACAAAUAAAAUUUGACUAGCCUGACUGCAGAAGCCAAUUGAGAAGAGUUAGACAGAUAUUAAGAGCUGAACUGGUGACUUCAGAGGGUGUUGACCAUCUGGAACAUACUGCCUGAGUUCUUAGCCAUGGCAGAUACUCCACAAUCUUUACAGAGUAUGUAAGUAAGCUCCUGAAUCAUCAGUGCAUAGAAAAGCAGACAGGUACUAGUAAGUACAAAAAGUGCAUGGGUACUUGAUAAUUGAGAUGGACCUGAGAGGCCAAAUACCUCUUUCUGUGCCCUGGUUCUGUGGCAGACACGACAAGUGAACCACCAGUGAAUAACAUCAGAUGUGAAUUUAGUGGAUAGAAAAGUUGACAGUGUAUAACUGAGGUAAAUUUUAUUCUGUCAGUUUUUUACCAGGAGAGUUAGGAUUAUGUGUUCAGGCAACAACUCCAGUGCUCAGCUGACAGUAUUCUUGAUUUUUAACACUUGUGAAUUUGCUUAUUACAUUUUAUUAAUUCAUUGGCACCCACUCUUCAACAAAAUUAUGUCACAAAGUCAAAUUAAAUGGCAGUGUUAAUCAGACUUUGGAACAAUUCUGUUUAUUAAUAGGAACUUUCAUUACAAGAUUCUCCAUUAAUAUUAAUCAUCCCUCUAUUUCUAAUCUUUCUCCCAACUCUGACUUUUUGUGUCACGACUAAUCCUUUCACACCACCAAUAGUAGCAAGGUUUCAGCUGCCCAUACCUUAAAGACUGAAAUUAUUUCCCUAAAUCCCUCCUUUUACUAUGCUCCUCGCACCUACAUCUUUGACCAAGUUUUAGGGCAUCUAAUACUAAGUCCAUUUGCAGCUUGGUGUUCACCUUUUCUGAUCUGAUUCUACUCCCUUGGUCAUGUGUUUUGGAGGGGUUGGACUACACUAAAAUAAAAAGUGUAUAAAUGCAAAUUGAAAAAAUUCAUAAGUGCUGUUAUGGUUUUCAGUUAAAACAAAUGUGCUGCGAUAUAAAGCAUCCUGAGGAGUCAGCUGAACUCAAUGUGUACCAUACUCACUUUUGAAUCGGAUAGUUUUGCGUCAAGAUUUGCGCCACGUUAGCGCACAACACUAUUACUGCUCAGGAUGUCUCAGGGUUUGGCGUUCAACUCUGGCACCGGUGCCAUCUGUUAGGAAUUUGUACGUUCCCCCCGUGAACUGCAUGGGUUUCCUCCCACAGUUCAAAGAUGUUCUGUUUAGUAGCUUAAUUGGUCAUUGUAAAUUGUCCUGUGAUUAGGUUAGAGUGAAAUAAGUGGGUUGUUGGCAAGUGCAGCUCGUUGGGCUGUAAGGGUCUGUCCACACUGUACCUGUAAGUAAGCACAAAAUCUGAUAUGUUACUAAACAGGAGUGCUGCUCUGUAAGAGGCAUUGCUCUACAAGUGAAAUAUUAAAUGGAUGUUACAUUUUGAAGAACAGGGAAAUUGUCUCCUGACCAACAUUGGUGACGUACUUUCUUUUAAAGUAUGUUACCAAAGAGCUAAAUGUAACUAUAAAUGGAAGAUAGCUAUCUGCAAAUUGGCUGCUGUGGUUCCUGCAUUACAAUGAUCACACUUCAGAAAGUAUUUCAGUAGUACAUUAAUGCUUAGACUGAUUGGUGAGGAUGAGUAUUUUGAUGGAAUGGCGCAGGGUCUGUAAAACUAGCACCAGCAGAUCAAUCCUUAUGGAAAGGAUUGAGAUACAAACACAAUUUGGAAUAAUGCUGGAAAAACUAACUCUUUGUUAUGUUUGAUAUUAAAGUUAUAUUUUGAUAUUAAUUUAUGUAACGUGUUUUACAUGAAGUUGUAAUACUUUAAAAGUAGAGUUAUUUAAUUGUCUGCAGAGUAGAGCCGGAAAUAUUUUGUUAAAUUUUGUCACGGUAAAACUAAGAUAUUAAAAUGUAUCAUUUGAAAAGUUUUUUUCUUCUUCAGAUUAUAUUAUAAUAAAAUGGA